AGGAGACCAUUACCAACGAAAAAAAUAGGUCAAUAAUUUCAGACAUGGGAGACCAGAUGCGCUAUGCCAUCAGUGUCCGGAUUAUUGGAGUGAUGCAUAAAGAGGCAUCUAAAAUCAAGAUGUUUAUGACCUCUGUGCUGUGGUCUGAUGAGAGUGAAGUCAUUGUCUACAGAUCAUUGUUGGAUUUUAAGGAGUUUCACAGGCAAUUGAAGAAGAGGUUUCCCCUUGAGAAUCCAUUCCGCAAGAGAGACAGAGUGAUUCCCAAAUUCAGAGCCAUAGCUAUGAGGAGAAAGAUCCAGGUGAAGGAUCCUAGUUGGUCAAUGCGUCGGAUGAAUUUACUGGAAAACUACUGCAGCGAGCUGCUCAGGUGUGACCCCGUGGUGAGCUGCAGUUCAGAGGUCACCCAGUUCUUCAUGCCCAAAGACCACGACCUGCAGGCAGACUUCACCAAAAACAGCGUCAUGAUCCUACCAUCAGAGGAUGGGUUAGAGGACAUGAGUGGGCAGCGUCUGAGCCUGGGCAAUGUGACACACCCUUUUGUGAGCCAGUCUUACUGCUGUGUGGGGCCCUACAACACCAAGGACACUAAGAACAGGCCCUUUAAAGUGGCCUUGGAUGAGAGGCUGGAUGUGCUCAUCAAAGACCCAGCAGGCUGGUGGCUGGUGGAGAACGAGGAUAAACAGUUGGCCUGGUUCCCUGCUCCUUACCUGGAGGUGUGUGAGGCAGAGAACGAUGAAGAUGGAUUGGAUGGAAUUCCCUUGGGGGGAACUCUCUACUGCGCUGUGAGGAGUUACUCCACUAAGAAGCAUGACGAGGUGCCUGUUCCUAUUGGCUCUGUGGUCGAGGUGCUGAGGAAAUCAGACGACGGAUGGUGGCUGAUCAGGUAUAAUGGCAGAACGGGCUACUCUCCCUCCAUGUACCUGCAGCCUUACAACAACCCACGUGCUGGCCUCCACAACCUGCAGAGGAAGCUGCACAGCUCCUCUCUCAAUCUGGCAACCCACAUGGACAGCUCUACUCUCAACUUGGCAUCCAGCAGAGACAGCCAAUCUGGCAACUGUUACCCACCCACCUUGUAUGAGGAGACAGGGCUGCAGCAUCACACAUCGACCCAGCCCAGGGAUGAUCCGUACCGGGCCCCCCUUCUCCAGAAGACCCGCUCUCUGGAGCUUCUGUCUGAGACCCGUCCCGACAUGGCCGUCCCUCCAUCCCAAAGAGAGAGAGAAGACCUUGAGUCAAAUCCGGAUCCAGCAAUCCGCAAGAGCAGCAUCAGCUUGGCCAAGUCCUCCGACUCUGACAUCAGCUCAUCAGGCCGGAAUGUCAGGACGUCUUUUUCCAGCUGCAGUGAGGAGGAGCCCCAGAGCCCCCCAAACAGCCCCAGGUCUUCACCCCAGCCAAGGGAGAGUGGCAAUCGCAGCAUCCCAGAUAAGAGUCUGUCAACCAACCCUAGCUCCAGUUCUGAGACUGGGUCCUGUAAGAUGCCCACCGCUGCACCCAGGGUGCCCCCGCGACCCAGAGCCCAGGAGAUCCUGACCCGGUGUACCACCAUGACCCGCAAGGCUGCCUUGGCCUCCAGAGGGAGGCUGUUCUCCCUGCAGGACCCCAUCCAGACCCACUAGAAAGGCUGGGAGCGGUGGUUGGGGAACUGGGAGAUGGGGUUAGGGUUAUGGGGAGCCGUGGGUGGUGGAGAGUGGGGUUUUUGGGGUUAGGAUUACGCUAUUCUCUCCUGGCCGACUUUACGUGAAGCGCAAUACUUUGAGAAUGGCUUGCAAUACUAGGGUAACAUUUGCAUAAAAAUGCCUAUUCUGUAUGUUACAAUAACCAUGAUUCCAUCCAACCAUUUUUAUGCGAGUAAAGCACUUGUUGAAUAAAAAACUCACUACAGGACUGAUGGAAACGGUAUAAUUGUUAGUAAACUUUCUAAAUCUCGACAGAACAAAAUACGUAAGACAGGGGGAUAAGUUUUUGUCUGUGAAAUACACUACAUGACCAAAAGUAUGUGAACAACUGCUCGUCGAACAUCUCCUUCCAAAAUCAUGGUCAUU